AUGAGUCCAAGCUCUAACGAUGUUCGUCACAUAACGAACGAAAUCUCAGUCCGUAUUCGCGCGAAACGUUGCGGGAUGUCUCGUGGAUUGCAUCAACCUGAACGUAUUAAGGCCAAACGGCUGCAGUACAACGCGAAUUCGCCAACGUCUCCUGGUGAGAUUGACCUACGAAUCUCUUCAUCAUGUACUUUUAUUCGAAAUGAAAGUCUUCACAUCAAUUUUUUUGUUUAUUCAUACUUCUUUCUUGUCUUUGUGCAUUCCCACCUUACUUUCUCUGAACCGUCCAGUUUGCCGGGCUACACUUCACCCAAUUGCGUGGAAUCCCUCAGGGCUCCUGCGUUUCCAGCGAGCUGGCCAGUCUUUAUCUGGCGCACUGUGAUCGUGCAGCCGGUCUGCUCGAUAGCUUUCGCCAUUGCACAUUUGGUACCCGAUGUAAUCUGGCCUCUAUACGAUCCUCGCAUUGCUCCGUCAAUGCAGCUCCUGCGACAAACUCUCCAGGAGUUUGCAGUUUGGAUAAAGACUACCAUAGUCUCUGGUUGUCAGAAGGCCCGUAUAUUGUGUUGCGCUAUCGCGACGACUAUCUUUGUGUGGCUUCAAGUCGGGACCAAUUAA